AUGAAACCCAGAGGCAAGAGCUCAGACAGCUCGGACGUCAAGCGGCAGACCUGCUCGAGACCCCCUUCCAGACCAUCCAACGCCUCGCGUACUCGGUAUGUCACAUCUGACACCCUGCACGCGCAGCCAGCUGAUGGAAAUCAGCCUCUGCCGUUGGUGACGGCCCGGAUUGCCCAGGAUAAGAAACUUCUUUCCGCACUGGCAGCGAAUGAGGAUGGUGCCGACCUUGAGGCCCUGGCCCAAGAAAGCCAAUUGAAUGGCGGUGUUGUUGAGUCUACCAUGGAGUACUUGUGUACACAGAACAUGGCGAAAUUGAGUGAGACAGGACAUUACAGAGCCACCAAGCUCACUCACUUCCUGCUGGCACCACUAGUCACAGACGCAGUAACACACUUCCACGACAACGUCCUUCCAGCCCUCAAUUCAUUGAACGCUGUGCUGAGUGCCCCUGAAAAGAAUGUGACAGCAUUCCAACAGGGUCAUCGCACAUCGGAUGACUUCUACACCUGGAUGGAAACCCAUCCGGUCCAGCAAGGCGCUUUCUUCCGAUUCAUGGAGGCUCAGUUCGCCAGCCUACCUACAUGGCUCGAUGUUGUUGAAUUUCAGUCGGAGUUUGCGCAGGACACCACUUCGAAGUUCCCGGAUCUCACGGGCCGCGUCAACCUACAAGAUCGGCCGGACGUCCUGGCCAAAGCCCUCGAGGUGGAAAGCUUGGAGAGGAUGCGGUACGACUUCAUGACGGAGCAACCCGUACACGGAGCUCGGGCGUACUAUUUCCGCCAGAUCAUGCAUAAUCACGACGACGAUACAUGCGUCGCAAUCCUCCGAGCCCAGCUGCCCGCCAUGAGCGCGCACAGUGUUAUCAUCAUCGACGAGAAAGUCCUCCCGGAUCGCCAAUCCCCAGCGACAGGCCCACCGAAUGAGUAUACUGCUGGGCUGAAUCUGGCCAUGAAAGCUAUGUUCAACGCACAGGAGAGGCGGGAAGCUCACUGGCGGCAGCUGUUAGACAGGGCAGGUUUGGUGAUCAGGGAUAUCAAGAAGUUUACCGAGUUCAAUGAUGCGGUGAUCAUCGCGGCCAAGGUGACUUGA